ACAAACCGGCAGCAAACCACCGCCACCGGCCGGAGCUCAUCUGAGAUACCAGAUACCAAAGCCCCUCUCUAAUCCCUCAUCAUGGCGACGGCGGCUACAUCACGGCCCAGCGGCCCUGUGCUUUUGAGCCCCAUUCCCAGCUACCAACGCGCAUCUCUCUCCCGUGUCAAGCUCCCCGCCGGCGGCUCGCCGGUCAAGUCCGUCAGCGUCUCCUCUCCCCCUUCCUGCCCCUCAGGCGGUGUCAGGAUCCGUCGCUCCUGCAUGUGCUCCCCGACCAACCACCCCGGCUCGUUCCGGUGCAGCCUCCACAAGGAGCGCAGGCAGGAGGCCCGCGCUGCCGGCGGCUGCAGCAAGCCCGCCGCCCCGCCUUCGCCGCCGCCCAUCGGCAGCGGCUCCACUAGGCGCGUGGUAAACGUGCUUGCGCAGCGCGUACCCAUGGGCAGCGGGCACUGGGCGCGCCGGGCGCUCGCGCCGUCUCCCUCGGUGCAGCAGCUGCAGCACCGGAAGCGCGCCGACCGGUUCCGUGCCGGGCCCAGCCGGCUCUCCGGCGGCUCCAUCGCCGGCGGCCGCAACCAGUAAAUAAAGAACAUCGUCGAUAUGCCAUAGCAGCAAGAUUACUACGAGUACAUACUGCACAAACUGUACAUAGGAAAGAUGAAAUUCCCCGAAUAAUUCCGGUCGCUGUAUAGAAGGAAGAUCGGUGGAGAUCAGGCCGGAAGAUCGGAGUUUUAAGACCCAAUUCGAUCCCGGCCUAGUCAAUUAGCUAGCCUGUAUAUACUGUACAUAGAGUGAGCCUCUUUCUUCCUCCCCGCUCCGCUGCACAUAGAGUGAGUUCGUCCUCUCUGCUCCACUUGUACAUAGAGUGAGCUCUCUGCCCGUUGUGUAUAGCCCUUGAUUUUGGUUCUGGAUA